UUAUUACAGAGACUGGGCUCAAACAUAAGAACGAUGAAGAUAUAAAUAUUAAUACAAAAGCACUUUUCAAGAGAAUAAAAGAUUCAGACCCUCCAAGUGAACUUGCAAAACCAAAAGAAUGGAUAAAGGAACAAAACAGUGGCUCUAUUUAUUUCAAUCAUCGCCCAGCUAAUAUCUCUGGGAAUCCUGUCAUUCUUCAGCAUCCUAUCUUCGGAACCUUUCUUGAGGACUGUGAAACCAUAACACCAAAUGAUGUUGACUGCGCCUUUGUCCUAGAAGCAACUGAAUCUAUGAUAACAACAGAUGGCUCUUCCUUUGGAAAAAAUGGAAUGUAUAUGACAAGCACAAUAGAAGUGAAGCCGGAAUUGGGGAUAGGACACUCCUGUCCUUAUAUCCAAGCUGGUAUAUACUAUGCGAAGCAUGUUUCGACCCUUCCAGUUUCUACUGCAAAUGAAAUCCGUUUACCAUGUCUCUUAUUGUAUCUUGCAGACCCAUAUGUUGGUAUUGCAGCCAUCAUAUUUUCUGGUGACAAAUUUCUAUGUGAUCCUCUAACACCACUUCUUCCACUUUUCUACCUUCACCACUAUCAAAAAUUUAUGGAUCACUUAGCUCAGACAUUCUGUGCUUUUAAAAAAGCAUUAGAUGCAUUGGAUUAUUAUUACAUGGAUCCCCCUAAAAUUCUUCCUUCACAAUUGGAGUUCCCAUACAUUAACUCAUUCACCCAUAUUUCAAAUAGAACAAGUAUUCAAUUUUGUUACCUCAAACAACUCUACAAAGACAAAUUACUGUUUCUUGUUGAGCAGAAAAGCAAUAACAAUGUGCCAAAACAAUUACUUGUAAAGUUUACAGAACAAUAUGGGAUAGAUGCGCACAAGGCCUGUAUAGAUUUAGGUAUUGCUCCUCACCUUUUUGGUUAUCAGAAUAUUUCAGGAAGAUGGCUUAUGGUUGUGAUGGAAAUUUUAGAUGAUAAUUAUGAACAUUUGUCUCUACAUGUACCUACAGAAGUAAAAAGUGCCUUUAAAGAAGCUGUUGGAAAGAUUCAUGGCGCAGGAUUUUUACAUGGUGAUUUGAGAGAUCUAAACAUCCACUAUCAAACAAAAAAGAAAGACAAUAAUGAUGGUGUUCAGGUAGACAUUAAAAUUGUUGAUUAUGAUUGGGCUGGUAGGAUUGAUCACCCAACAACAAUAUAUCCCUCAUAUCUUAAUCCCAAAAUUACAAGGCAUUAUGAUGCCCACUCUGGGUGUCAGAUUAAACAGGAGCAUGAUGACUAUAUG